GGCAUGCUGAGGGCAGUGGCAAACAUCCAGACUCCUAAGAUGAUGCUGGAAACCCAGCGUGGGGUUCGGUGCAGCUGUGACCACACUGGGUGAAGAGUGAGAAGAUAACGAUCAAUGCUGAUGGCUGAGAGGAAGAAAACAGAGGCAAACAUCCCUGCAGACAAAAUGCUAUUGAAGACCUUGCAUGUGGCCAUUCCAAAGCUCCAGUGAUUUUCCUGAAGUUCUCUGGUGCUGAGAGUGAGACCCUAAAACAAAGAAGAACACAAAUCAUGUCUCGAGGACUUCCAAAGCAGAAACCAAUAGACGGUGUUAAACAAGUUAUAGUUGUGGCUUCUGGAAAGGGUGGAGUUGGAAAGUCUACUACAGCAGUGAACCUUGCACUUGCUUUAUCAGCGAAUGAUUCGUCAAAGGCUGUUGGUUUGCUAGAUGUGGAUGUGUAUGGCCCUUCUAUUCCGAAGAUGAUGAAUCUGAAAGGAGAUCCAGAAUUAUCACAAAGUAACUUAAUGCGGCCUCUUUUGAAUUAUGGUAUUGCUUGUAUGUCCAUGGGCUUCCUGAUUGAAGAGACUGCACCCAUUGUUUGGAGAGGCCUUAUGGUAAUGUCAGCCAUUGAGAAACUGUUGAGGCAGGUAGAUUGGGGUCAACUGGACUAUUUAGUUGUUGACAUGCCACCAGGAACUGGAGAUGUGCAGUUAUCAGUCUCACAGAAUAUUCCUAUUUCAGGAGCUGUGAUUAUCUCCACACCCCAGGACAUUGCAUUGAUGGACGCACGUAAGGGAGCUGAGAUGUUUCGAAAAGUCCACGUACCUGUUCUGGGCCUUGUCCAAAAUAUGAGUGUUUUCCAGUGUCCAAAAUGUAAACACAAAACUCAUAUUUUUGGUGCUGAUGGUGCAAGGAGACUAGCACGGACCCUUGAUCUUGAUAUUCUAGGAGACAUUCCCUUACACCUUAAUAUACGGGAAGCUUCAGAUACAGGCCAGCCGAUUGUGUUUUCACAGCCUGAAAGUGAUGAGGCCAAAGCCUACCUGAGGAUUGCUACCGAAGUGGUAAGAAGAUUGCCACUACCUCCAGAGUGAUUCCCCAAGUGUCUUGGAAAUGCGCCUGGUGCUUGACAGUAAGACCUUUGGAAAUCAGCAGUGUGGUGGUGAAAUCUACAGAAAUAAUAGCAAUCAUAGUUGUUUUCUUGUAUUUCUAAAGAAAUAAUUUCUUAUCUUCAAAUUUGAUUUGCUAAACAAUGACUUAACAAAGUUUUUACAUACUGAUGCUUACUGCUACACUUAGGAAUUGUUUUGCAAGCUGUUGUAUACCAGCGUCACAGAACUGCAUUUUAUUUUAUUGAACUACCCCUUAAGGAAUCACAAGUUUAUAUUACAAACCCAGCCUUCAGUUCAGGAGAGAACUGUGCUCUUUUUGCAGGACUACAGAGUUAAAGAAUUUACUGAAUGUGAGUAUGGAUGUUAAGUGUGACAUCUCUCCAUCAGGCAGUUUGGUCUGGGUUUGAAUCCUGCCUCUACUACUAUCUUGGACACAUUCUUGUUCCAGAUAAACCUCUACUUCUUCAUCUGGACUAGACUUUCCCCUAGACUUAAUAAAUCUCAAUCUCCGGGGUGGAGUCUGGACAUGUGUGUUUUUAACAAGAUCAUAAUGAUUCUGAUUAUGAUGGCAAUACUAAUAAUAAUAACUAACAUUUAUCAAGUGUUUUCUCGUGUCCUUAUAGUUAAUCUUUCAUUCAUAUGAGUGGGGUACUGUUGUUAUUUCCGCUUUACAGAUGGGGAAACUGAGAUAUGGGAAAGUUAACUGUCUUCCUGAAGGUUACUGUCUAGCAAAUGGAGGUUUGAACUUGGGCAGUUGGAUACUGGAUCCUUCCUUUUGUACACCAAAGGGCAUUUGUUUAUCUCAAAAGAGGAAUAGGAUUAUAGUAUUCAGAAUUUCCUCAAACUUAUUUGACCAUGAACUCUCCCAACCUCCCCUUUAGGAGCAUUUCUUGGAGUUCAUAUUUUAAAGAAUACACCUUGAAAAGCAUCUUGUCUGGUUGAGGCUGUGAGAGAGAGAGAGAGAGAGAGAGAGAGUCAGUCAAGGGCUUCCCAAGGUUAUAAAGCUGCAAGUACUGAUAAGAGUCAUUAGUUAAUCCUCACCUACAAGGAGGUGACCUGUGACCUUUGGCAAAUGCCUGAGUUCCUUUGCUCUGUAGUUAAGCAGCCAGAAAAUUAGGUAAAGAGUUACAUGUCAUUAUAAACAUGUUUUUGCACACUUAUGCUCACAUAAAAAACUGUGCAUGGAUGUUUAUAGCAGCUUUAUUUGUAAUAGCCAAAACAACCCAGAGUUUUCCAAUGGGUGAAUGGUUAGAAAAACUGUAGUAUAUCCAUACCAUGGAAUACUACUCAGCGAUUAAAAAAAAGAACAAACUAUGGAUACAUGCAACAACCUGGAUAAAUUCCAGAUAAUUAGGCUGAAUGAAAAAGCUAAUCCGAAAAGGUUUUGUACCAUGUGAUUCAAGUUAUAAAACAUUCUUGAAAUGACAAAAUUAUAGAAAUGGAGAACAGAUUAGUGGUUUCCAGGGGUUAAGGAGGGGAUUGGUGAUGGGGGAGGGAACUGUGUUUGUGGCUAUACAAAGACAUCAGAAAUCCUUGUGAGUAUGGAAAUGCUCUGUAUCAUGACCGUAUGGAUGUCAGUAUCUUGGUUGUGAAAUUGUGCAACAGCUUUGCAAGAUGUUACCAUUGGAGGAAAUUGGGUAAAGGGCACAAUGGAAUCUCUCUCUAUCAUUUCUUACAGCUGCAUGUGAAGCUACAAUUAUCUCAGAAUAAAAAUAAGAGUAUAAUUUUAAAAAGCAAACUUGCACUGCUGUGUCUGAACUGAAAUCUCCUGGACCAAAUUAUCCAUGCUAAUUAAAAUCAUGAAUAAAAGUAUUUGUGGAUACACAGUAAUCAUCAUUCAUCACUCUGAAAAGGAAGUAACUUUAAGUUGUAGAUAUGUAUUUGUAUUUUAUUGUCUUUUUGGAAGAAGGCCAAUGUAGAUAAUCAUUGAGUAUUUCUAAAUAUGAAAAAGCAAGUAACUGAACCAAGCUUAACUUUACCUGGAAAAAGAAUAAUUUAAAUAAGCUCCAGAGGUGCUUAAAGUUGUGUACCAGAAUUUAAUACAUCUCAUGGAGAAACGGGAAAGAUAGACUUCACUCAUAAAUAUACAACUUAGAGAAGUUUCACAUAUAUAAUCACCUGCUCCCUUCUCCCUCACUUACUAGUCUCUGCAGAUGCUUUCAGGAAAGCCACUGAAAAAAAAUGUGGUUGGGGUUUAUACCCAGGUUUAAAAGUGGAGGAGGGGAAAGUAGGUUUAAGAGCAAGAAUGAAGCUUAUUCUAAAAUUUUUGCUCCUGGUAGCCUUUGCUAAGCUUCAGAGAGCUGACUUCAAAUAGACUAUCAAGCAUAGCUAGUCUGCCUGUUGCUAGGGGUAAUAUUUAUUCCUCAUUCUUCACAUUUCCACGGAGUAUAGAGAAUUUCCAUUCCCCUGUCCAGGAGGGAAAGGCAAGCUCCCCCACUCACUCCAUCCUGGGGAAAGAGGAGUGACUCAUGGGCAAAUUUCUUUAUAUCUGUGUUUCUUUGAUUUCAGCCAAAUCCUGAGCUUUCUGAGGUAGGCUACAGGAAAGCCUGAAGCUGUCCACCUCUGCCUUGGACUUGGGUGAGCAAGUCCAUCUAAUUUAGAGGUAGGGUAUUUGGUAGCCCAUUGUGGUCACAUACCCUGUAAUCCAGCUUUUUGUCAGUAAUAAAGCUAAUUUGUUUUUUGAACCAUUAUCUGGAUUCUAUGUCUCUCAGGUCCAAACAGGGGAAGAAUCCCCCCAACCAGACUCCAAUGAAACACAGAAUACCUUUCUAGAAUCCUAUAAAGUUAGAACUGAAGAAUAUAUUUCAGAUAAGUCCACCACUCUAUUUGAAGCACCUCUAGUAAAAAAUAAGUUCAUUAAUGGCCAGAAGUUUUUUUGGGGGGGAGGAGGGAGAGUGAAGGAAGGUUAUCAUGAUGUAUACUACAUAUGCAGUAAAGCACAGAAGACAUAAAUAUACAGGUCAAUUAAUUAUCUACAAAGUGAACACCCAUGUAACUACCAACUAGGUUAGGGAGUAGACCACAACAAGCAUCCCCAAAGCCCCAGUGUUUUCCUUCACAAUCACUAUCCUCUUCUUCCCUUACAAAGUUAACAACAAACUGAUGUUUUAGCACCUUAGUCUGUACCCUUAAACAUUAUAGUUUUGCCUAUUUUUUUGAAAUUUAUAUUAAAUGGAACCAUACAGUAUUUUGCUCUAUAUUAACUGUUUUUAUUUUGCUCUAUACUGACUGCUUUUGUUCUGUAUUAUAUUUCUGAGAUGCAUGUCUAUUGUUGCAUAUAGCUGUGAUUUAUUCAUAUCCUUUGCUGUAGAGAAUCCCAUUGUUUGAAUAAACAACUUACCAUUCCACUGUCUAAA